AUGAAGUUCUCCUAUUUUAAUAUAUUACUAUUUUCCAUUCCAUUAAAUAUAUUGAUAAAUGACCAUAGUAAAUAUAGCAGCUGUAAACAUACAUCAAACAGUAAAACAACAAAACCACAUAGAUCAUUAUACGAAUGUGGAUUAUAUUCACCGGCCAAUAAUGAUAAUGAUCCAGAAAUGAAAAGGGUGAUGCAACAAUUUGAGGAUCGUACAUCACAAAGAUUUCACGAAUAUGACGAACGUAUGCAAAGUAAACGAAUGCAAUGUAAAGAACAGUGUGAUAAAGAAAUACAAAAAAUUAUAUUAAAAGAUAAAUUAGAAAAACAAAUGGAACAACAGUUAAACACAUUGGAAACAAAGAUAGAUACCGAUGAUAUUCCCACAUGUGUUUGCGAAAAAUCCUUAGCAGAUAAAGUGGAAAAAGGUUGUUUACGAUGUGGGUAUGGUCUAGGAACUGUUGCACCAACGGUUGGAUUAAUUGGUGCAGUUGCUGUGCAUGUGUGGAAACCUAUGGCACUUGAGGCCGCUAUUGAAGCAGCUAUAGCUAAGAGUGCUGCUGAGAUUUCGGCUGCCGCUAAUGCUGCAGGUAUUCAGGCAGGUAAGAUUGCAGUUAUUGAAUCAUUAAAAAAAUUGUAUGUAGAUUAUUUUUGGCCUGAAAUGUCGAACUACAUUCUUAAUAUGAGUCAUUAUAAUGGUGUCGCAAACCUUACUGCAUUUAUUCAUGAACCUAAAUUUAAUGUCUGUAAGGAUGCCGGUGAAGUUAUUCUGGAUAAAUGCAAUGCAUUUGAUAUGGGUUUUGGUAUAUUAAAAAAAGAUGGUGUUACUAAUGGUCUUCUACCGAAAGAUGCCGUACCAAGAGUGUUAAAGGGAAUUGUUGGACAAGCCGAAGGGCCUGCUAAAGUCGCUGCUGAUGCUGCUAGACAAACUGUUACUGCUGAAAUCACAGAAAAAGAGACUGCUGCGAUAAAUACUAUAUUUAUGAGUAAGCAGACUGCAAUUAUUGCUUCUGUUGUUGCAAUAGUGGUCAUAGUUUUAAUUAUGAUAAUAAUAUAUUUGAUUUUACGUUAUCGUAGGAAAAAAAAAAUGAAGAAAAAACUCCAAUAUAUAAAAUUAUUAAAAGAAUAG